AUGGCUGCAGCUUCACAGUAUUUCCUUCUAAUUCUGGUCUUGCUGGAUACACACGCAUCGCAGCCUUUCUGUGUGCCAGGAUGUACCUGCUCAGAGGAGAGUUUUGGCAGGGCUCUGCAGUGCAUGUCUACCUCUUUGGGAAAAAUUCCAGGAAACCUUCCUGAAGAGUUCAAGCAAGUGCGAAUUGAAAACUCACCCUUAUUUGAACUCUCCCGAGACUCUUUCAGCAACAUGAGCACCUUGGAAUACCUUUGGCUCAACUUUAACAAUGUCACCGUGAUCCAUCUAGGAGCCCUGAACCACCUGCGGGAACUCAGGGAGCUGAGACUGGAGGGGAACAAACUCCGGGCGGUACCAUGGACAGCGUUCCGCGACACCCCUCACCUGAAGGUCCUGGAUCUGAAACACAACAGGAUUGAUGUACUUCCGGAGCAGGCUCUUCAGUUCCUGGUCAAUCUGACCUACCUUGACCUGUCCUCCAAUAGGCUGACGGUUGUAUCCAGCAGUGUCUUUGUGAACUGGCUGACCUACCAGAAACACCAGCAUUCUGCGUGCGGGGCCGAGAUUCUCUCCAGCAUAGUGCUGGCACUGCACAACAACCCCUGGGAAUGUGACUGCAGGCUGAGGGGACUUGUCCAGUUUGUCAAGUCUGUUAGCUUCCCGAUAAUCCUGGUGAACUCCUAUCUGAUAUGCCAGGGCCCUCUCUCCAAGGCAGGGCAGCUUUUUCAUGAGAUUGAGCCCAGUGUUUGCAUGAAGCCAAAGAUCUCAACCCCCAGUGCCAAUUUCACUAUCCAGGCAGGACAGAAUGUGACCCUACGGUGCUUGGCUCAGGCCAGCCCUUCACCAACCAUUGUGUGGUCCUACCCCCUGAGCAUGUGGAGAGAAUUUGCUGUACUGACCUCGUCCACUGUGGAAGAUGCUGCCCUGUCUGAGCUGGUCAUCCCAACUGCGCACCCAAUGGACAGCGGCAACUACACAUGUGUGGCCUCCAACUCUAUGGGCCGCAGCGCCCUGGCCAUUCCUCUGCGCGUCCAGCUGGCUCGGGAGCCACUCACCGCCUCUGCUGCUUCCAUGUCCCAUGUGGAGCUGCACGUGGCCGAGCACACAGUGCGUGGGGUCCUGCUGAAGUGGCUUGCAGUGGCCCGCACCGCUGAGGAGAAAGGCUUCACACUCCACAUCGCCUCGGACGAAGCAGGCCGGAAGGAGGUGGUGCACCUCGGUCCCGGCAUCCACUCCUACACCGUGCAUGACCUCCUCCCCGGAACCAAAUACGAGGCGUGCCUCAGCCUGGGCAACCAGAGUCCCCGCAAGGGCCCGUGCGUGGUCUUCGUGACUGGCAGCAUCGGUAGUGAUCUGGAGGGCCGUGAGCGCCUGCUGCACGCCACGGUGGUGCUGUGCGCUGUCCUGCUGGUCGUGCCUGUGGGUGCCUACGUGUGGGCAGCCCAGGGCACCUGCAGCUGCCACCAGGGCUGCUGUCCUCGCCACAGGAGACCGCCCAGGUGCCCCCAGGCAGGGCCACUGUGCAAAGACAGCUCCUUUAGAGAACACACAGCUGUCUGUGAGGAUGGCCGCGCACACAGGGACCUGCAGGGGGGUGGGGAAGAUAGCAGCUGA